AUGUCGGCCGAGGCAGACAUUUCCCGCGGGUCCCUCCGCGAUAUCUUCGAGCGGGGCCCUGAAGCUGUCGGCGAGCCGAUUCUGCAGUGUGUGCAGAUCAAGCACAUGGAUAACAAGGCUGGCGAGGAGAGGUACCGCAUCGUGCUCAGCGACAUGGACAACUUCAUUCAGAGCAUGCUUGCCCAGCAGAUGAAUCACAUCAUCACGAGCGGUCAAAUGAAGAAGAAUGAUAUGGUGCGCCUGAAGAGUUUUCAACCGCAGAUCAUCAAGGACCGAAAGAUCCUUGUCGUUAUUGAACUCGAAGUCCUUCCCCAGUACGGAGAUCUCGAGAAGUUGGGCGUUCCUGUCGCUCUGGAGGCCAACAGCAACCCUGCACCCAAAGUUGAACCAAAAACUGAACAGCCCGCGGAAAUCGGCGGCGGCGGCUUCUACGGCAACAAGCCCGUCAAGCGCGAACAGCCGCAGCAGCAGCUGUCAACGCUUCCCUCCCGCAGUGGGCCUCCCGCAGGCCUCGCUCAAUUAUACCCAAUCGAGGCGAUAUCCCCAUACACACACAAGUGGACAAUGAAGGCGCGCUGUGUGCAGAAGAGUGAUAUCAAGACUUGGCACAACAAGAAUGGUGAGGGGAAGCUCUUCAGCGUGAGUCUGAUGGACGAGAGUGGCGAAAUCAGGGCCACUGGCUUCAAGGAACAGUGCGAUCUGCUCUAUGAUCAAUUCAGAGAGGGCGGCGUCUAUUACAUUUCGAAUUGCAAAGUUCAACUGGCAAAGAGGCAGUUUUCGAACGUCAACAACGACUACGAGCUCACCUUCAACAACGACUCCAUAGUCGAGCCGGCCGACGAUCCCGACAGUGUCCCCCAACCCCGCUACAACUUCACCAGCAUUGGUGACCUCCAGGAAGUGGAACCCAACACAGCCAUCGACACGAUUGGCGUUCUCAAGGAUGUUGGCGAGCUUUCUGAGGUCAUCUCAAAGAGCAGCAGCAAGCCGUUCCAGAAGAGAGAGUUGACCAUUGUGGACGACAGCAUGCACUCGGUGCGCCUGACUAUUUGGGGUCCUACCGCUCAAAAGUUUGAUGCCCCUCCCGAGUCCAUCAUCGCAUUCAAGGGCGCCAAGGUGUCAGACUUUGGUGGCCGCAGCUUGAGCUUGUUGAGCUCUGGCUCCAUGUCCAUUGAUCCGGACAUGGAUGAGGCACACAAACUGAAGGGCUGGUUUGACGCGAAUGGCCGCAACGAUAGCUUCAUGUCGCACCAGCAAGCUGCCGGUGGUGCCGGCAGGGCCAAAAAGCUCAAGACUAUCGCCCAGGUGCAGGACGAGCAGCUUGGCAUGUCGGAGGUACCACAGUACUUCGACCUGAAGGCCACAAUUGUGUACGUCAAGCACGACAACUUUGCGUACCCGGCCUGUGCGAGCCCAAACUGCUCCAAGAAAGUUGUUGAGAUCAACCCCGGUGAAUGGAGGUGCGAGAAGUGUGACAAGACGCAUCCAGCACCCGAAUACCGUUAUAUCAUGUCGUGCAACGUUAGCGAUCACACCGGACAGCUGUGGCUCAGCUGUUUCGACGAUUCAGGCAGAGUCUUCAUGGGCAUGUCGGCAAAUGAGUUGUGGGAGCUGAGGGAAAACGAGGAUACUCAAGCCCAAUUCGACCAAACGUUCUUCGAUGCGACGUGCCAGACUUUCAUCUUCAACGUCAAGGCGAAGAUGGAAACCUACCAGGACACACAGAGGGUCCGCUACCAGGUCAGCAGCGCCACAAAGCUCAACUUCCAGAGGGAGUGUGCAGCGCUCAUCGACACGAUCAAGAAAUACCAAAUCAAUGACGACAGCUUGUUUGUCAACUAA